AGCCUCUAACUCCCUUUAAAACACAGGACCCCGGGCUUACUGGCAGCAUUAGCUAUAUUUAAGGAAGUUGGCCAGAACACAGCAUUUGCUCUCGGCUCUGACAACCAUCUGCCAGCUGGGGGAAGCUGUCACGGAUGUCUGAUAAGAAAGGAGGCGAUUCUUUGAACACUAAUGAUGGGGGUGGACCUCUAAAAGUCUCCUACAUUUUUCCAAACGGAGACAGAUAUGAGGGAGGGUGCAGCAGGUCUGCAUAUGGAGCACUGGUGAGGAGCGGUGCUGGUAAACACACCUCAGCAUGUGGCAUCACAUACACUGGAGAGUGGCAUGAGGACAAAAUGCAUGGUAGAGGCACCAUGCAGUAUCCCUCUGGAGCACAAUAUGAAGGAGAAUUCAAAGACAACAUGUACAACGGCACAGGAACAUACACCUUCCCAGAUGGUUCUAUGUGUAAAGGUCACUUUCAUAAUAACAGGUUGGAGGGAGAUGGGGCCUUCAUUAGUGCACAGGGACUGGUCUGGACGGGGGAGUUCCACGGCAAAGCAGCGCUUGGACUCAAAUUGCAACACAAUCUUUAGGCAAAACAAAUACCACACUUUGGCACCACACAACUAUAACAUUAAAAUGUAACUGUAUCAGA